AUGCCUGUUGAAUCUGAUAAGUGGGGAUGGAAACAUGUGAGUGUGAUUGGAAGGUUUGAGAAAGGGAGUGGUACAAAAAGAUGGAAGUGCAACCAUUGUAAUCAUAGCUACAAUGGUUCUUAUUCGCGCGUUAGAGCCCAUCUUCUCGGGUUCAACGGCUUGGGUGUUAAACCCUGUCCUGCGAUUGAUACUUCAGUAAGAGAAGCGUUUACUUUAUUGGAUAAAGAUUGUGUAUGUAGGAAACUCAUGAAGAAGAAAUCUAUUUUACCUAGUGACAAUACUAUCAGAAAGAGGUCUUUAUUAAGUGGAAUCAAACAUUACACUGAAAAUGUUGAUAAUACUGUGGCAAGAUUCUUUUAUGUAGAUGGUUUGAAUGUCAAUGUUGUUGAUUCGGCCUAUUUUAAGGAGAUGGUACGAAUAGUCAGUGCUUUUGGUCCUAAUUAUAAGCUCCCUUCCAUGGAGCAAUUGUCGGGUUCUUUGUUAUGUAAAGAAAAAAUGAGAUUAGAGAAAGCAUUAGCAUUAGCUAAAGACUCAUGGGCUCAAACUGGGUGCACUAUACUGUGUGUGAAUCGUUUAGAUGGCUCCCUCGGAUGCUUAUGCGUUAACUUUUUUGUUGCAACUACUCGGGGUGUUAUGUUCUUGAAAGAGGUGGAUAUCAUUGAGGGCGAUGUACCUGAUGAUCUGUUCAUCGAUGAACUCGCCAAUGUGAUUAAUGAAGUGGGUCCUUCGAAUGUACUUCAGAUCAUUACUCGGUUAGCAGGACAAGUUAGUGAUGUUUUUGAAUCAGUAAUAUUGUCGAAGUUCCCUAAUGUUUUCUGGUCCCAUUGCACGUCACAUUCUGUUCUUUUGUUGAUGGAGGAGAUUGCUAAUCUUGAUUGGAUGAAGGAUGUCGUUUCAAGUGCUCGAGAGAUCGACAAGUGUGUUACGGAUUUCAAGAGGUCUUCUCAUACUGAUAUAGAUGUUCUUGAGGGAUCUAUGAAUCGAGUCUCACAAAAGUUUGCGCCUUCCUAUUCCUUGGUUAGGAAGAUUGUAGAAAACAAAUUGAAUUUGUACGAGUUGAUUGUUAGAGAAGAGUGGAAGCAUUGCGUACUCAAUGUUCCGGAAAUUGGGUUCAAUGUCGAAGCGAUCAUAACAAGUGAUGAUUUUUGGGGUAAGGCGGAGUUGAUGCUAGAUGUGUUUGAACCUUUUGUAGCACAUCUUGCAUCACUUGAUAUCGAUAAAUCCAUGAUGGGCGAUGUUUAUAAUUGGCGGGUUUUGUCUUUGGAAACCUUACGGGGUAAAGGAAUAAAAGAUGAUCGAUUGUUGAAUAAAGUGGAAUCGCUGAUAGAAAAUAGAUGGGAUAGCUUAUUUUCACCACUUCAUGGAGCAGCAUACAUUUUGCACCCAAAGCAUUUUGGAAAAGGUCAGGGUAAAAACCAAUCUCUUAUGAAGGCUUGGAACGCCACACUCGAGAGAUACGAGGCUAGCUUUGACGCUAGAAGAGUGUUAAGAGAAGAACUAGGCGUGUUUUGGAGAGCAGAGGCGUCUUUUGGACAAGAAGAUGCCUCGGAUUGUAGAAAAAAUAUGGAGCCAGUUACAUGGUGGGAGAAUUUCGGGUUUGAGACACUACGUCUUCAAACAUUAGCCAUCAAAAUACUGAGUCAGAUUCCAAGUGCUGCAAUAAUGUGUGAGGAAAGCUGGCAAUUAUGUGAUAGUAUGCCAUGUGGAGAGGCUGUCGAGAAGUUGGGGUUUGGAUCAGAUCAAGCAAAAGAUUUUGUGUUUGUUCGUAACAACUUGAGACUUCAGACUCUCAAACACGGGAAGAUGCCAAUGGUAGGCAUGCACUCAAAAGAGUUUUUUUUAUUAUCAAAGAGAGAUUCGGUUUUGCUUGAUUUGAAGCAUAUCAGUAUAUCACAUACAUGGAAAGGUUUGAACUUUGAUAUGCUGGUUGGUUCAGGAAAGCUAAAACAGAACAGUUCGUGGUAUUUCCGUUGCUAG